CCGUUGGGGUCCUUUCUCAGACUCGGAGGCAAUAAAGCAGCCAUGCUGCUUCUGGAUGGAAUUCUUCCUCACUUCUGUCCCAGCGCAGGCCAAGCCCUCCUGAGUCCCUCACUUCCUCCCCAGCCCAGGCCACACCCUCCUGAGUUCUGGCCACGCCCUACUGAGCACAGGCCACGCUCCCUGAUGGUCCUGACUCUUAUUGCAGCCCUCCAUGUAGUUCUCGAGGUUUCCCUCCUCCCCUUCCUCCUGCCUCUGCCAGGCCUGGCAAUUUCUUGGCGCCCAGCCCAACAACUCCGGGUUUUUCCCUUCCUUCCCCGCCUUCCCCUUCAGCACCACAUCCUGUUCCUUUCCAAGGAACAAGGGGACUUUUAUUUUGGAGGGGGCUUGUGGAAUUCUGGCUGCUGGAGUGAUGUGCACAUUUGAGCCCUGCGAGCUUCCUGGCUGGCAGGGAGAGCAGCAGACCCAGGCGCUGAUGGCAGAGAACUGUGGAUGAAACGGGGAGCAUCAUGGGAAGGACGCGAUCCUGGGUGCCAUGUUGGUUGCACAGCAGCUGCGUGGCCCCACCCCUCACCUUCCUCCUCCUCCUCCUCCUCCUCCCCCCUGGCCCCUGCGCAGGCCCUGCCCCCUCGCGUCCCAACUUCCUGCUGCUCUUGGCCGACGACCUGGGCCUGGGUGACCUGGGCAGCUUCGGGAACCGCAGCCUGCGCACCCCGCACCUGGACGGCCUGGCCCGGGACGGCGUGCGGCUGACCCAGCACUUGGCGGCAGCGUCUGUCUGCAGCCCGAGCCGCGCGGCCUUCCUGACGGGACGCUACCCUGUGCGCCUGGGUUG